UCUCUCUCUCUCUCUCUGGCUCCACAUUAACCAUGGAAGCUACAGCUCAAGAGGAAGUCAAUCCCACAUCCAAAGAUCAUACCGUGGUUGCAAAGGGCAAGCGCACCAAGCGCCAAAGACCACAAUCUCCGAUGCCUUUUGCCGCCGUAGCCGCCGCGACCAAUUCCUACGGCGGCGAAUACAAUAACAAUCACCACAACAGCAACAGCAACAAUAGCAACAACUCCUCGUCUCCGACGACUUCCGCGGAGCUUCAAGACAUAAGCACGGAGGAAGAGGAGGACAUGGCCAACUGCCUAAUCCUCCUCGCGCAAGGCCGGUUCCGCGGGCGAUCCGCAACGCCGACGAAGGCGCUGCCUCCGAUUGUCAUCGACACGGAAGACGGCAGCGGGAGUGCUUUUAAGUACAGCAGCCGGAAAUUUUUAGAAGCGACGAAUGCGCCCGGUGCGGGCAGGGCUGGGUAUUAUGUCUACGAGUGCAAGACGUGUAACCGGACUUUCCCGUCUUUCCAAGCCCUCGGCGGUCACAGAGCGAGCCACAAGAAGCCCAAGGCCAUGGCCGAAAUCGAGAAGAAAACUCAGUUGUUCGCUUUACAGUCAGACGACGAAGAUCAAUUGCAAUUAACCAAGAGCAACCACAAUACUAUUUCGUCCACGACGCUUUCUCUGCAAUUGAACAACAGGAGUUUGUAUGGAAUUAGUCAUAACAACAACAAUCACCACAUCACAAACAAGUCGCCCAACAAGGUUCAUGAGUGCUCGAUUUGCGGCGCGGAGUUCACCUCCGGCCAGGCGUUGGGCGGGCACAUGAGACGACACCGCGCUCCGGCAGGGACCGUAGCAGCCACCGCCGCAGCCGCGACCGCCUUGUCCUUGAGUACUGUUUCGGCUACUCCGUUAAUGGCCUUGGAGGCUCAUGAAGAUGAUCAUCAACAACAACAUACAAAAAAAGCAAGAAAUGUUUUGUCGUUGGAUUUGGAUCUCAAUCUUCCAGCGCCGGAAGACGAUCAACGGGAUUCGAAAUUCGGUUUUGUUACGUCCAAGCAGCAGCAACAACAACAACAACAACAGCAGCAGCAACAACAAUCGUCUCUCGUGUUCUCCGCACCGGCUUUGGUGGAUUGUCAUUAUUAAGAAGGGAGAAAGAGGUUAAUUUUUUUUAAUAUUUUUUUUAUGGUUUAUUAUGUGCCACGAUUAUUGAUCUCAAAAAUUAAGUCACAUAUUGAUGUGAAUUGUUAAGA